CUUCAACAGCUAUUAUACACCUUGAAACCCAACACAAAAAGAAACACACCAGAAUAUUUUUCAUUUUUCGAAGCUCCACUCUCGGAGCUCCUUUUAACAAUAUAAAAUUUAAUCAAUAAUAAUCGUCUUCAAUGAGUCAAAGUUCAAAACCACACUGUCAGUUAGUUCCCUUUCGGAAUUAUCUCUGUAAUGACGCUUAUAUUUUAUCUAUUUUGCUAAUGGGUUUUUAACUAAAGGAUUAAUUUUGAUUUUCAUGGAAUAAGGGUUGAAUUUUGGGAAUAAUUUAAAAUUUUAGGAUGGGUUGAAAAUCAAGAGUAAAUAAAAUUGUUAAUGAACCAAAUUUAAAAUAGGUAUCUAGAUGCAAUAAAAUACAAUCAGUGGAGCGAAUAAAAGUAAAGGUGUCCAUCAAAAAGGAAGCUAUUUUUAGCACUAUUGUAUCUCUAACUUCCAAAAUAACACUCACGCACACUCCGCACCUAUAAAACAUUUAAAAUUCGGGAAAUCCGACUGAGAUUUCCCGCUCAAACGUUUUCCAUUUUUCGUUGUCGCGUUGUCAAGACCAGACAUCCGAAAAACUAGCGAUUUACAAAACAGUUUCGUAAAAUAUUUUAUUUACAACUAGUCUUAUAUUAAAAAAAAAAAAUAUCGUUUUUUCUGGUAGGUAAUGUUUGAGUUCUUAUGGACCAAUCAAAAGAUUUGAAUCAAAAUUUUAAAAUUAAUGUGGACCAAAAAGUGGCACGAAGACGAUGGGGAAUAUUAGCGAAAGCUCUAAAGGGUCCACUUGGGAGUCAACCCUCUAGCCCAACCGAUGAAAUCUCAAUAAGAAGAAUCUCCUCGUUCAUGCUCCUGGAAACCAGAGAACUACCCUCGCCACCUAGCCAAGUUCUAAACGACCAAAUCCUAAAACGCACUUGGUUCGAAUACUCAUUCAACAUCGAUCAAAAAUCAUUCAAAUUGAAUAUCGGCCACAGGAAUCGUACGUAUAGCGCAGAAGAUCUUAUGGGCUUCAAUAAUACCGGAAACAUAUGUAUUUGGCCUUCUGAAGAAACCCUCAGUUAUUACGUUUGCUUAAACUUGAAUAUGUUUGAGGGUAAAAGUGUUAUGGAAAUUGGGGGAGGCAUGUCUUGCCUCGCAGGUCUUUUUAUUGCAAAAUAUAGCUCAGCAAAAAAUGUUCUUGUUACAGAUGGAAAUAAAACUUCCAUAGAUAACGUGCAAGCGAUUUUGCAAUGCAAUUCAUUCGCUUGCGAUACGCAAUGCGCAAUUUUAAGAUGGAACGAACAAAAAGAAUCCAAACAGUUCGAUGUCAUAAUUUCGGCAGAUUGUUUGUUUUUCGAUGAUUACCGCAUAGAUUUUAUAAAUUGCCUUCGUAAUCAUUUGGCUUCAAAAGGGGUGGCGUUGAUCAUGGCUCCCAUAAGAGGGACAACUUUGGAUAGUUUUAUUUUGCAGGCCAGAAUUCGAGGGUUGGUUUGCAAGAAAAUCGUGAACUAUAGCGAUUUGGUUUGGGUCAAGCGGCUGGAACUUAUGGAUAGUAGUUGCGAUUACGAUGAUAAUAUUCAUUAUCCGAUAUUGCUUAAAGUAACCAAAGAAUAAUGUUCGUCUGCUAUUUCAUGCAAUUUUAAUUCUUGCUUGUCUGUACAAAAUCCUCCUGCAGAUUUUUUUCUAGUUUCAAUAAUUCAAUUAGAUUCUGUUGGAGUUUCACUAUCGUUACUUGUUACUUCAUUCGAAAUUUUUUUAGGUACUUACCUACAUUCCAAAAUUUAAACAAAAUCUGUACAAUUGCUAAUUGUUGCAUAAAACAGCUGCUUUAUUUGUUGUUUCGAAUUAUUUAUUAAUCGAUAAAUGUAUCUUAACUCUAGUCUAGUCCUGUGAUAUAAUUCUACCAAAGAAAUCUAUGUAUUCUAAAAAUAUAAUUAUUAGGUAUUAAAAAUUGUAUGAUCGCGCUGAAGGGUUAAAAGCGAAGAUUAAAUUAUUAUGGAUUCUAAAAAUAAUAAUUGAAAUUUAAUUAUUUUUGACAUUUAUUGCUCCAUUUAUUACUACUAUUGGCCUUUUUGUUUUAAUGUCCAUCUAAAUAUACAUUUUCCGGUUUGAUGAUUUAUUAUUAAAGAAUGUUUGAUUGUUACUACAACUCAAUUUUCUUGGAAAUUUUAUUAUUAGAUGUUAUCAUUUUUAUUUCAAUAAAUGUCAAUAUUCGUAAUAAUAAAUAAAUCAAAUUGGAUCGUAUUUCUUCACUUCCAAAUAAACUGUUUAUUUUCAGCUAUAUGUAUUUGAUGUAGUUUAGAGUUUAAAUGUUUACCAAAUGUAUUAUUUAACUUACGUUAGAACUUAAGAGAAAAAAUACAUAAACAUUAAAGUAAAAUAAUCCUUUGUCUAAAGUAACUUUGAACGCUUGCCAAAAUUCGCGUCUAUAUAAUGCAUAUGUGACUAUUGCAAAUAAUUAAAUGGAUAUCAAUGGUUUUAUGAUGGUAGUUUUAAUUUAAUAUACGUUAUUUAUGAUUCGCGGCUGUUUGUAUUUUAAUUGCGAUUUUAUCUUAGUUAUAUUAACCAAUUGCCACGCUAUUUAAUAUUCAAUUAUCCAUUUUUUAUAUGCUUUAAUGAGCUUACCCCUUUCCUCUAUGACUUUUUGAAUACAUAUUGUUGUAAACUUUAAGUUGCUAUAUCGGCACUAAAUUUUGUC